GACCUGGGCUCCAUCUCCACCACUGUCCCCAAAUCUAUGGCCAAUUCCCUGUGGGGCACCAGGGACAUCUCCUACACAGGAUGUGUGGCCCAGCUCUUAUUCUUUUUCUUUUUCAUGUCAGCUGACUAUUUUCUUCUCACCGUCAUGGCCUAUGACCGCUACGUUGCCAUCUGCAAACCCCUGCACUACGGGACCCUCCUGGGCAGCAGAGCUUGUGUCCACAUGGCAGCAGCUGCCUGGGGCAGUGGGUUUCUCAAUGCUCUCCUGCACACGGCCAGUACAUUUUCCCUGCCCCUCUGCCAGGGCAAUGCCCUGGACCAGUUCUUCUGUGAAAUCCCCCAGAUCCUCAAGCUCUCCUGCUCACACUCAGACUCCCUCAGGGAAGCUGGGCUUCUUGUGGUCAGUGUCUGUUUAGGCUUUGGUUGUUUUGUGUUCAUCGUGCUGUCCUAUGUGCAGAUCUUCAGGGCCGUGCUGAGGAUCCCCUCUGAGCAGGGACGGCACAAAGCCUUUUCCACGUGCCUCCCUCAUCUGUCUGUCAUCUCCCUGUUUGUCAGCACUGCCGUGUUUGCCUACCUCAAGCCCCCCUCCAUCUCCUCCCCAGCUCUAGACCUGGUGGUGGCAGUCCUGUAUUCCGUGGUGCCUCCAUGGUAG